AGUACUAGACGCCGGCGGCCGAUGUGUGCGAGUGCAGCGUUAAAGCUGUUGCUCCUGGCACACAUGAAGUGGAAAUUUAAAGUCUUGAUGGUCUUUGGAUUUUUCGUGCAGACACUUGUUGUUCAUUGCGAAACACACUACCUCCAGUAUGUUUACACCGUCACUUCUGAACAGAGAGGUGCGUCCGGUCCUGUGUACAGUGCUGUGGGAGUGUGUGAUGACGUACAGAUCUCUCACUACAGUGAUGAACAACAGAAGUGGAUAAAAGGGAAAGUAUGGAUAAAUGGAUCAGUGGAGCCACCUGACUCUAAAGAACGGAUUCUAAACCUCUAUUAUUCUAUGGCGAACUGCACAAAAUCCAAGUGUCAUGAGCCUCACACACUGCAGAGAAGGGUCGGCUGUCAGGUAGAGAAGUCUUCCAGUGAGAAAGUGAUGAUUCAGAUGGCCUAUGAUGACUACGGGUUUGACGGAGUUGAUUUUAUCACCUUAAAUUUUAAAACUAUGCAGUGGACAGAUAAAAAGGAAAAGGCAGCGGAAAUCAAAAUGAAGUGGAACAGUGACACAGAUCGCAGAGAGUACUUCAGAGCGUAUCUGAGCCACUGCCUGACCUGGAUAUCGACAAACGGUUACAGUACAACACAGAGUCCGCCAAAUAUUCAGAUGUUUGCGAAGAAAGCUCCUCGUGAUCAGAGAAAGAUGGAUCUGACCUGUCUGGCCACUGGCUUUUACCCCAAACACCUACAGAUGGAUAUCACGAUGAAUGGGAGUAAACUUGAAUCCCCGGCUGGAGUCAGACCAAACGAUGACAAAACCUUUCAGCUGAGAACCACUGUGAGGAUAAACAAAGAAGAGAAACGGGGAUUUGCGUGUCACGUCACUCACAGCAGUCUGUCACAACCAAAUAUAACAAAAUGGGAUGGAACAUGUAUGAACUGUCAUGAAGAAUCAAGAACGCAUGUAGCUGCAGGAGUAGCAGUCGUCGCAGUGGCGUCUGUAGCUGCAGUUCUCGUUACGCUUAAGUGUGUCUACAGAAAGAAGACAUUAAAUGUCCCUAGGUUAGAUGAAGAAGGUCAAGGCCAAACCAACUCUAGGAUGCCGCUCAAUGCUGCGGAAUCACCUGCGACUGAUGAACCACACACAGCAACACACCUGGGCCAGACAAAUGGAUUUCAUGGGAACGGUGAAUCCAGCGCAAAAUCACCUCUCAGUGUUUAACUCGACUGAUCGAUGUUUACCAUACAGACAGAGAUGCACACUGUCUGGAUUUUUUGCACACCGACGAAAGUGAUGUAUUUAUGAAGGUAUGUUGACCCAUACUUGGAAUGUGACAUCUCCGUUUGACUUCAGUCAUCACCUGCAAGCACUGGGAAUCGAACCUGAGACAUUCGGCUUACAGGCUUGAAUCUCCAACAAUUAAUCCUGCCAGGCGACUGCCUUUAUCUGUACGGUUUUUUAUGUGGUUUUUUAUGUCCAUAGAUAGUCUUAUUUUUUCCACUACUUUACACUGCAUAAGCUUAUAAUUGGAACGAAGAGGGAUUUUACAUAUAAGAUAGAAAGAUUUUCAAGUGCGAUUGAAUAUGGCAGUGUUUCCCAAAAAUUCUCCCGCCAUGACUACAGUGACGCACUGUUUCCCAUUCAUUCAUAGUUUGUCUGGCAGAUUUUAAGUUUACAACUCUUUCACUCGAUUUAGGGACUUUUAUAACCCCUUUAGUGGCUUUUGUUCAGAAGAUGCGUAUAAUGACAAACCUAGCGUCUUUUGGGAUAAACCGUUCAAUCAGUGGGAAAAUGUCGUCAGUGUUGCCCCCCUUGCGCGAGGUCUUGCUUUCCUGAUUCAGGAAACGCAUCUGUGAGUGAGCAGCAAACGGCAUAGAGAAGCCAAAGACGUUGAAUGGAAAGCCUACAACCUUUAGCCAAAAAAGCGUAACGGCUAAUGCCCUGGCUUCCGCUCUUUAAAGGCGCAGUUCUUGAUUAACAGCGGCCACUAGCGUUGUAUUAUAGAUUUGCCAGGAAUCGCUCCGUCCAAACACGACGGUGGCCACCACAGUACAAACAGAAGUCGUUCUCAUGUUGACGCAGGGAAGAGAUUUUGCGGGCAUUAGAAGGACUGUAGAAAGAGCCAUGUCUUAUGUAUUACAUAAAAUAAAAGGUCUCAAGACAGAAAUAUAGGUUAAAUAUUUCUAAAAGGCAUCAGGUUGCGCCCUGCUCUUCCCUAGAUAUCUCAGCACUAGCUAAAGCACAUUUCCCAAACAGAAUCUAUUCUGUAACAACAAUAUUGUUGUGAUCACAGAGCAAUAUUUUUCGAGCUGAGGGGCUAAGCAUUUAAAGAGCUUGUGCAAUUCAAAUGUGAAACUCCUGCACACGAGCAUUACACAACUGUAGCAUUGUUUUAUUAGCAUUAGCUUUCGCAGGAGCUAUGACUAUGACUGCAGCCUGAGCGUUACUGGGAAAUGUGUGUCAAACUCCCCUGAAUGAAUUGUUGGAGUUCUCCUCAUGAUGCUUCAGAUGUGACGCAUGCAAUCGCUUUAUUAUGCACUUUUUAACCUUUACGUGCUAGGUAAAAUCAUCUUUUUCAUUUAUUUUUCUAAAAUUAAAAUGUUGGUCUCUUGUUUUAUAUUUUGUAUUCUUUUUUACUGUUUUUCUGACUUCAUUGUUUACUGUACUGUAUUUGUUCCUUUUUUUAUUUAUGGAAUAAAAAACCAACACCAUAUGAACAGUCCUCUGCAAGAAUAUUACUUGGUUUGAAUAAUACAGAAACCUCGAAAGUGCAUGUGCAUGUUACCCCAAGUAGCGGGGAAAGAAUGUUGCCAACUUUGAUUUAUACAUAUUGUAAUGUGUUUUCAAUUGAAUCUUAAAUGUUUUUUUGUUCGUUUUUUGCUUAAACAUACAGAAAAAUGCAAAUAAUAUGAAGUGGUUCAACAAAAUUAAAUGUGUAAAUGGAUGUCAGACGUUGUUCACAUUUAAAUAGGCUUUUUUUGUGGUACUAAACACUGACGCUCCACAGCCAACAGGGGGCGACAAUUACAUUAGAUAACGCUUAAAAUCGCAAAAGCUGCUUACACCCAACAUUGAUGUGUGAAGAAUUUUUUUUAGGAAGAUCAUUCCUGUUCAAGGAAAAAUGCAUUUAGCUGCUCUCAUUUAAACGAACGAUCAUUUACAUUCUCUUACAAAUAAAUGAACACUCAUAACUUUUCUGUCAAAAUUCCUAGAUGACUAAAUGAGACACUGCAUUUGUCAAAAUGUGCAGCGUACAAGUGUCCUGUGUGAUGGGGUACUGGGGACUGAAAAAUUGCCUUAAAAGAUCCCUCAAGUUUUUUAUUUGCCUAAAUAAUGAUUUGGCAGUCAUUUCUUUGUAGGGCUUCCCAGUGACGUGUUUACCAUUUUGGGGGUCCUAAGCAAAGUGAAGACCUGAGGCCCCCCACACAUUGCCUAACGUUUUUGUUUGAAUUGCACAGCAGUAUUGAGUACAUGGAAUUAAUGAGACACAUAUACAUACAAAUAUAAACUGGAUUUAUUUUACGUUGAAACACAUAACAGCACGAAAUUCUCUACAGUUUGUUAUAAGAAUAAACCUUCUUGCU